AGUUGACCCUACCGAUGUCGGAACAAUUAUUACUAUUCGAUGAGUACAAAAGGAAGCUGAAGAGCUUUGUAGGAGAGGAGAGAGCGGCUUAUAUUGUCGCCAACGGCCUGUAUAUUGUGUGUGCAGGGAGCAACGACAUCGCAAAUACCUACUUUCAUACCCCGACCCGACGAUUGGAAUACAGCGUUUCUUCUUACACGGAAUAUUUGGUGCGUUUGGCUUCAUCCUUCUGGCAGGAACUACAAGCAAAGGGCGCUCGGAAAAUUGGUGUCUUCGCCGUACCUCCCAUCGGGUGCUUACCCGCUCAGAGAACUCUGGCCGGUGGAAUCAAAAGAACAUGUGCAGAUGAUUACAAUCAAAUGGUUCAACUGCUCAACUCGAAGUUAUCAUCAGAAUUGCGUCGCCUCAACGGAGCCUUUCCUCAUGCCAGGAUGACCAUCUUCAACACCUACGACUGUUUACUCGACAUCAUAAAGAAUCCGAGAAGAUAUGGGCUCGAAAUCUCAGACCGAGGGUGCUGUGGCUCGGGUCUAAUAGAGACAGGGGUUUUGUGCAACCGCUGGGAUCUUUUUACAUGCUCAAAUGUUUCGGGAUAUGUAUUCUGGGACAGCUAUCACCCAACGGAAAAUGUCUACAAGAUUGUAGUCCAGAAGCUGCUGGCGAAGCUCCUGGUCGACCUAUACACAUGACCAUGACGACAGCGACAAUGAUCUUUUACUAUGCUCUUCAUACUAAGAACAAUAAUUAAUUCUUGUAUGUGGAGGAAUAUC